AUGCAGGGCGUGGCGGGUGUGCUCAUAGAGCUGACACAGGAGGUGCAGGAAUUGGAGGAGUCUAUAACGAACAAGGUUCACCAGCUUAUUGCGGGGAUGACUGCGGUAGAGCACGUACAGGGAGCAGAGGAGCAUCUGGAGAGACUGGAGGAGAGUGUGGAGGGAAUCAGGGGACUUGUAGAAGGCCUGCAGCAGCAAGUCGUCAAGGUUCAGAGAAUAGAAAAGGGCUUGCAGUCUCUAGCCACCUUCCACAGCACGCAGCUUCUCAAGGGCGUCACCACUCUGGACCUCUCUGCACUCCCUUCCCCCUCCUACCAUACGCUCCUCUUCCACCUCCUCUCGCUCUCCCUCCACCACUCUGCAUCCCUCUCCACCGUUUUCACAGUCAAAGCGUUCCCAGCGAUGACGACCCCCUGCCUGCAGCAAACCAUCCUCACAGGAAUCACGGCUCUAGACCUGCGCCACUGCACGCGCAUCACAUGCCGGUCCAUGCACCACAUUCGCCAGCUGCAACACCUACACACGCUCAACCUUGCCUGGGUGGCCGACUCUGCAGCCGAUUCUGCACCUGGUGAGAGGUGGAUCAGGGCGCUGGGGCCCAUGGAGGAGCUCGCCUGGCUGAGCCUCUUCGGGUGGCUGCUGAGAGACGAGGGUGCUAUCGGUGUUGCGAGGGGUGGUGUGAAGAAGAUGGUAAAGAAAUUGCCGUGCUUGAGGGAGCUCUGGCUGCUUGGAGGUUCGGAGGAGCCGUGA